GGCGAACAAAGAGGGAGCGAGCAGCGUGGCGGGAGGGAGGAGGAGGAGCGGGGUGCCGGCCAUGCGGGGACGCCAGCCGGGGCGCGGGUGAAGAGGGAGGCAGACGGGCUAGGCGAGCGAACAGCGCGGGUGGCGGCGCUCCAUGGCCGGCGGGUCGGGGUGAGGCAAGGCGAGGUGAGGUGAGGCGAGGCGAGGCGAGGCGCGGCGGGCAUGGCGGGCGUCAGCUACUCGCCGCCCUGGUGGGUGAGCCUGCUGCACCGCCUGCCGCACCUCAGCCUGCGCUGGGAGCUCACCGCCGCCGACUUCCGACCGCACGACACCGAGUACCAGCAGGCCCUGUUGCUGUUGGGCGGCAUCGCUCUUUCCUGCCUUGCUCUGGACCUGCUCUUUCUCCUGUUCUACUCAUUUUGGCUGUGCUGUCGCCAUCGGAAGAGCGAAGAACAUCUAAAUGCUGACUGCUGCUGUACGGCAUGGUGUGUCAUCAUUGCAACCCUGGUGUGCAGUGCUGGAAUUGCCGUUGGCUUCUAUGGGAAUGGAGAGACCAGCGACGGCAUUCACCGGCUGACCUACUCGCUACGCCAUGCAAACCGCACCGUGGCAGGUGUCCAAGACCGGGUACUAGAUACCGCAGUAGCCCUGAACCAAACAGUGGAACCAAACUUGCUCAUCCUGGAGGAGAUGUUCACGAAGCAGACAGACUACCUGCAUGUUAUCCAGAAACUGCAAGGUCUUUUGGAUGAUCUGGUGAGGCAAACAACUGAGAUCCCCUUUUGGAAGAAUGAAGAGGUGUCUCUGGAGGAGCUGGCAAUUGAGAUUGACCUCUAUGACUGGUACAGGUGGCUGGCAUACCUGGGCCUGCUCCUUUUCCAUGUCCUGAUCUGUUUGCUGGUGCUCUUUGGGCUUAUUAGAAACUCCAGGGCCAUUCUUAUGGGGGUGUGCUUGCUUGGGGUGUUUGCCCUGAUUGUCAGCUGGGGCUCCUUGGGUCUGGAGUUGGCUAUCGCUGUGGGCUCCAGUGACUUCUGUAUUAACCCUGAUGCUUACGUCUCCAAAGUGGUUGAAGAGAACACAGUGCUUAGCACUGAUACUCUCCGCUAUUACAUUACCUGUAGUGCUGGAUACCCCAACCCUUUCCAGCAGAAGCUGUCAGGAAGCCACAAGGCUCUGGUGGAAAUGCAAGAUGAUGUUAUGGAACUCAUGAGGUCAGCAAGCAGAGAGCACCCGACCUCCAAGGAGUAUCUUACUCGGAUCCAGGAGGUUUUAAAUUCAACAGAGAUCAACUUGCAGCAACUGACAGCUUUAGUAGACUGUCGGAGUCUGCAUUUGGAUUACGUCCAGGCUUUGACGGGCUUUUGCUAUGAUGGAGUGGAAGGCCUCAUCUACCUGGUUCUCUUCUCCUUUGUCACAGCCCUCAUGUUCAGUUCCAUUGUGUGCAGCGUCCCACACACUUGGCAGCAAAAGAGAAGCUCAGAUGAUGAUGGGGAAGAAGAAUCAGCUGCUCAAGGGAGUAGACAAACACAUGAUAAUCUUUACAGAGUGCACAUGCCCAGCCUCUAUAGCUGUGGGAGUAGUUAUGGCAGUGAGACCAGCAUUCCAGCAGCAGCACACACAGUCAGCAAUGCUCCCGUCACAGAGUACAUGAGCCAGAAUGCAAAUUUCCAGAACCCCCGUUGCGAGAAUACCCCGCUCAUUGGCCGGGAGUCCCCACCUCCCUCAUUGUAUUUGGCUGCCAUGGACAGUAGCAGCCAUAUGAGCUGGCAGCUUAAGCCCUCGGACAGUGCACGGACAUACUGGUAACAGCGCCCGCAAAUGGAACAGUACACCUCCAGCAUGAGAGCCAAAUACCUCGCCACCAACCAACCUCGUCCAGAUGCUGGCAGUGUGCAUUAAAAUGAAAAAGCAAAAAAAACAAAACCCACACAUGCAGUCAGACUUAACAAUGUGCCAACUGCUGUGCCCCUGUGCUGUCCUCGUAGAACAAUCCUGCUGUUCUGCCCCAAAUCCAGUGCAGCUCCUUCUGUUUCUCCAGCCCAGACCACCUUCCAACCUGGUACCUGCCCACUGGAGUGGGAAACCCCUUUUGAAUUUAAGCCUUCACCUUGCUGUACCUGAUGUGCGAGAGAAAGCAGGCACGUGCGGGCAAGCAACUGAGAGCACCCAGACAAGAAACUGGGUCCACCUGCCUGGGGCCAGCUUUAUCAAAGUAGCUUAUCAGAAAAAGUUGGUGAAUAUCUUCUGCCCCCUUUUUUCCCCUUCUGUUCCCCAGAGGGACUUGGUGAAAGAUGGUGGUAGAUCUUCUUCACUUCUGCAGUGGGAUCAGCAGUCUGUCAAACACUGAAGAAGCAGAGGCUCGGUGCCUGUGACUAGCGUACAACGAGGGAACGCUGAGUCAAUGCACGAUACAGCAUUUUGGGAGCCCUCUGGUCCGGUGCCCUGUCUGAGGGAGCAGGGAAACCCCUGCCUCGUGGUGUCACUGUAUAUCACUGUCAUUUGGGAGCCUGGGGCUCUUCUAGAGAAAACCAUUCUGCUACCCUGGUUAACUUUUUAAACAAAAAUCCAUUAUGAAAAUGCCUUUUUCUUCCCCACUAUAUCUAGCAUGUGAAUCCUCGAGGAGGAGCAGGGGGGUCCCAGCACCAGUCAACUACACUGUCCAUUGCUCUGAACCUGACCUCUCUGCUCCAUCAGGGAAGCCCAGGUACUUGCAGAUGGCAUUCUGGGUGCUGCCUUUAAGAGGCCGACACACAGAUCAAACAGGAGCCAGCCACCCACUUGGUGCCAAAUUUUUCCAGGAAAAGACUUGUAAGACUUUACGGGGGGUAUUUUUGCACUAAAGAGUUUUGGCUCUCUGAUGCUAGAUCUUAAUGGGACAGUCAGCUUGCAAAAACAAGAGGGACUGGAAGCACCAAUGGAUUUAUAGCAAAUGCAAGCUCUCCCUGCAGGAGUGACCUGUGAACUCUGCUGGACUUUUUGGUUUUGUUUUUUUAAAAUCAUAAUUUUCAGCAUGGGGUUGCUGAACUGGCAUUGAAAGAGGUUUUUGGAGCUUCAGUCCUAACAAAGUCACAAGAUCAUCAGUAUAUCUUCUUCUGUGUUCCAGAAUCAGAAACCCAAAUGACAUCUGGAGAACAUUGUGACUGUCAGAACAGGUUUUUAUUUUUUUCUAUUUUAUUUCAUUUUGUUUUUCAAGUCAUGUUGCUAACCACUAUCUGACAAUAUUAAGGCACAUGUAAGGCAUUUUUCUAGACAUGGGGCAGAACAAGGCUUGCAACAGGGCAGCUGGGUGCCUGCAGAGGCAACAUCCUCCAUUGGUGCUGUACUUUCCACUGAAGAGCAGUGCUCCAAAGGGCACUGACAACUUCCUACUAGAAGAGGAGACUGCCUCUUGGAGGUACUGGGAGUACUGCCCUUUCAGUAGAGUAACUAUGAUGUUCCUUCUUGUCUCUUUACCUCUGAGCAGGGGCAUCAUAGUGUAGCUGCUGAGCAUUAUAUUAAAUAACUGGCAGAGUAAAUAAAGUGGGGAACACCUCUCAAACUGGAGUUGAGCCAUUGGCAGAGGUGGUUAGUCUUCACCUCAGUGAUGUUCAGACUCAAUGUCUGUUUACCCCACGUUUGCUCUAUGGGGCACAGGAUUUACCAAUCUGCCUUUACUCAAGUCAGUUGCCUUCUUGCAGUGAGGUAGGAAUUGCUCCUAGCAGGUAGCUAACUAGGGUGAUGGUAUCUGCUGUAAAAUGGUACCAGCUCUGUGGAAGAGCAAGCUUUGAGACUCCUUUUAAGAUAGAAACCACUAAUAGACUGCAAAAAGCUGUAGGCCAGCUAUUACCAUUCAAAGGAGUGAGGGAGAUGGGGAGGAGGCACCACCAUGCAGACAGGAAGAGGUGGUUUUGGAGAAAACUUCACACUUCACCCUAAAUCUCUGGAAGCAGGAUUUUCUUGCUCAGGACUGAGUAUGCCCUUUCAGACACGUUUGGGCUUCACACUGAAACAUACCUCUGCGUUAUCAAAUAACAAGGGCAGGGAAACGUAGUCACGGGUGGUAUGGAGGGACACUGUGGCUCAUGAGCACCAGGUUUUCCACCCUGUCUUAAAGCCUACCAGGAGAUGUGGGUGUGCAAGCACGUGGCGUGGUUAGCUUGCAGGGCCCAGAGCGCACAACUGCUCUCUGGGGGGAGCUGAACCUUCCCCUCGCUUUGAAGAAAGAAGCAAGAGCCAUAUAAUCCUUAUUAAGAAUGAGUUGUUCUGCCAUCAUCUCUCCUUGGAAGGAUGUGCUUGGAUUGCUACUCAAACUAUCAAUUUUAGGGGAGCUGCCCUAAAAUCAGUGGUCUGGUCCUGCUCUUUGAAGGCAAGUGUUUUGAAGGCUGGAGGAUGUGGGGAACCCUGUGAAAACAAGUACUUCUGUAUAUUGAUUUGUCUGUAUACAGAAUGUAUCCUGAACAUGCGUGUGACUGCACAUUGGGUUGGAUCUAAAUUGUCACAGUGGUAUUGUCUGUGCCAGUGGGGAUAACGGGGGAGCAAGCCUAUGCCUUUUUGUUUGCAGCAUCUAAUGGAGCAGCCACCUUGACCUGCUUCCUUCUAAGGUUUGGCAUAGCCACUCAUAACACCCAGAACAACUCCUGACAAUGUUUGGGGCUUGCAGCAAGGCACAGAUGUGGAGAUAUGUGCUCUGUGACUUCAAAAUAUAACUGGAAAGAAUGUUACAGAGAACAUUUUGCUCUCUGGAGGCCAGCAUAACACGACUGCAGUGUGAGCUGUGUACCUUUGUCCAGCCAGCACUUCCUUUACUUGACAUGGAUAUUGCACUUUUGUAAAGCAUCCUGGAACUCUGCUGCCCCGCUGCAUGCUGUGCAGAGCGCUGGAUAGGAAACACAGACAAAUGGGUUUCUUUUGUUUUAUUAUUAUUAUUACUUUUUUUUUUACUGGAACCUUGAGCAACAGUGUGGCAUUUCUGCAGGCUGGUCUGAACAGAUCUGCUGAAGAACAGAUGGCCUUUGCCUAUUCUUAUGGCUGCGACAUAAUCAGUCUCAUCCAUAUGGUCACAUUUUGUCUGAGGAGUGGACUUGGAAAAGCCAACAUCUCCCAGACUCUGUGCCUCCCUCUCGGGUGAACAGCAGGUGCUAUCUGGCGAAGACUCAUCUGUUCUAGAUGGAAUUCAUGGUUGAGGGAGUCCAAACUUUUCAAGCUGUAGGAGGGAAAGCUGUAGAGACUUCUCUCUCUUCCAUUGUGUGUCUCUGUUUUUAAUGUGACAAAAUGCCAAGGCCAUAUCACUUGGUGUGUCCCAGCUGACCUUACUGGAACAUUACUCACGUUACUGGUUGCUAACAAAAGGGUCCAGAAUUCAGGGGAGAUGAGAUUGGCCUCUGGACACCUUGCUGACUGCGAAAUGGAAGGCAGCUUGUCCGGUUGAAGGUGACUGCAUCAGUGAAGACACUUCAUGUUACUUUUUCAGAAGCACAAAUGUGGUCAUGGGCUUGUCUGGUUGGCUUGGUUUAUUUCCACUGCAUCAUCAUGUGUGAAUGAUAUUUUCUUUUGGAACUGAGAACUCUUCCAAGCACACAAACAUCUCCACAAUGUGAAAUGUAAAUAGCAUGUUGGACUCUUGUGUCCAGUGUUCAGACUGCAUUGUAAUUGUAAAGGAAAUCGAAUCAAGACUUGGCUGUGAAUUUCUUGUGCUGUCUUGGGAAUAUAACUGUAGUGUUUGUAUCCUGUGUGUAUUAUUAAACUGAGUUCAUUUUAUGUGCUGAUAAAA